AGUCCGUGCCUUUAUCUGCGCGCGUGCGUGCGUGCGGAGAGACGGAGCCGCUGUUGGCCGACAGAGAGCCACUGAGCGCCGGGGAGUUGUGGAACAGAGCCCCCUUGUUCCUCUGAUUCGGAUCACUGCAAGCAGCCCCAGGACCGGGUCUGGAUCUGCGUUCAGGUCCACUUUGCCGCUGCAGUUCGUUGUGUUUGGCGGAUCAUGGUGGAGGAGAUGGAGGGGAAGGAGAAACCCAGACCCGGUCCGGAUUAUCUGUUGCAGCUCAUUAACGACAAGAAGCUGAUGAGCAGCCUGCCGAACUUCUGCGGCAUCUUCCAGCAUCUGGAGAGACUUCUGGACGAGGAGAUCAGCCGGGUGAGGAAGGACAUGUACUUUGACACACUGAGUGGCUCAGAGAGGAGCAGCGAGCUUCCGGAUGCUGUUGGUCCGGCCGUCCAGCUGCAGGAGAAACUCUUCGUUCCCGUGAAGGAACAUCCUGACUUUAACUUUGUGGGGAGGAUUCUGGGCCCUCGCGGUCUGACGGCGAAGCAGCUGGAGGCUGAAACUGGAUGUAAGAUCAUGGUGAGGGGGCGGGGCUCCAUGAGAGACAGGAAGAAGGAGGAACAGAACCGGGGGAAGCCGAACUGGGAGCACCUUGGUGAGGAGCUUCAUGUCCUCAUCACGGUGGAGGACACUCAGAACCGCGCCGACAUCAAACUCAAACGAGCGGUGGACGAAGUCACCAAGCUGCUGGUUCCUGCCGCGGAGGGAGAGGACAGUCUGAAGAAGAUCCAGCUGAUGGAGUUAGCCAUCCUGAACGGGACCUACAGAGACGCCAACAUCAAACCCUCGUCCAAUCAGACUCCUCGUGUUCUCUCUGGCUCUGCCCCCGUCAUGGCCCCUCCCACUGUCCUGCGAACACCUGCGCCUACAGGCCCUGCCUUUGUUCCUCUGAUUCGUCAAGUGCAGACAGUGUUGCCCAAUGGAACGCCGGCUUUGAUGCCGGGAGUGGGGCCAGAGACAGGUUUCAUCUACACAACACCGUAUGAUUACCAGUACGCCCUGACAGCGCCAGCGUCCAUCUUGGAAUACCCACUAGAUUCCGGAGGGGCGUUAAGUAAACCAGCCCCACCCUGCUCCUGUGACUGCUCCCCCACUCCCCACCACCACCCCCACGGCCAGUGGAGCCCAACCCCCACGUUGCUGCUCAGACAUGCUUCCUGAGACGAGAACAAGCGCUCCUUUACAAACAAACUGCGGCCUUCACAUUUAGUCAUUUCCAACCUGUCCACAGGGAAGCGCUGCAACAUCAUUCUGAUGUCAGCUAUGAACAAGGUCCGACUCCACCCUGUGAUCUGAGUGGCUGCAGCCAAUCAUACUGCUGUUAACAAAGCUUGCCAUGGUGACGUCACAGCUCGGAUUUCUUUGUUGUUCUCUUGAAAGCUUCUCAGAACUCACCUGGAACCGGAAAUUGACCCAGUUCGUGCCUUAACAUGUUUCUAAUGAUUUUCUUUGAAUGACUGUGAUGUCAUAACGUAGCCUACCUGUGCAUACUUGCUGUAUGAUGCUUAACAGGUGUCUCCCCAUCUUCCGUGAUGAUUUUGGUACAGCUGCUGAAGUCCAGAUACUCAGACUUCACAUCACAGCUAUCUGAUUCACCCUGCUGUCUAAGUUAGUGACGUUUGAGUCCGAAAACUUUGAUUUUUACUGGAGGUGAGGUGACCGAGCAAGUGGCUUCUGCGAAACGCAGUCCUGAUGAGUAACCUUUAAGCGUUAGUUACCUGCUGUGUUAUUUUGAAGACUUUAAGGAUCCAAGAAUAUUUGACUCUGCUUAAAGAAAUUAGAUUUUAUCAGCAAAAUAAACUUAACACUUCAGGUAAAUUAACCCCGUGGUCUCUUUCAGGGUUUAGCCUAGCUUAGCGCAAAGCUCCUAGGUCUGGACUUCCUCAUAGACAUUAGCUGCUAAAUAAAUGAAUUUCUCUGGCUAGCACAGGCUACGCCUCUUCAGUUCAAUCUCCAGUCUCAAUGGUCAGCUAGGCUAAGCUAAAGAAAGGUAAGCUAAGCUAGCUAAUCCUGAAAGCGUUUCCCCACAGACAGAUCUUCAUCUGGUUAAAAUGUAAACAUUAGUAAAAGAGACAGAAAA